UGUCGGGCACAUCGUAUUGUCACAGCUCAUCACAUGGUCACAGCUCUGUUUCAGGUGUGCCAGCCCUCAGGUUCACAGGAUAACAUCAACGCAGCUCACAGACAGGUUUAACACAGGUCUGAAGUGCGCUAAGACGAAGACACCUGGAGUAUUGUUUAACCAUCAGAUGGCUCUUUGUAAUGCAGCAACACUUCAGACUGCUACUCUUGGGUGUGUGUUGGUGUGUGUUCUUUCAUAUCUGUAUUUAAAUGGGAAUGUUGGAGGUCCUGAAGCCAACCCACUUCCCUCACAACAUACAAAGAGGUUGCUAGCCGGGAAUCAACUUCCCUCAAAGACGGCAUGCACCUGUUCUCCAGGUUCAGAGCAACUCAAAGACUUCUUGCCUCCAGAUUCUGAGGAGCUGUUAAAACGCAGAGCAAAGGAGUUGCAACAACACAAAGCCAGGACUGAGUCUGUGUUAUCCACACUGCUGUAUGCUCCGUCUAACUCUCCCCUGCAGUACCCUAUCCAGGGUUUCAAAGUACGACCUAUGACCCCCACCUUCAUCCCAGGUCUAGAACUGCAUGCAGAACAAAGAAGCAACUACACGGUCUCCUUGGAAGUGUCGGAAGGAAUCCUGAGAACAACUAUUCCAGCUAAAGGAGUGCAGAUAAACGUGACAGGUAAUGGUGAGAGCCGACUGAUGGUGGAGUCCAGCAGCCUGGAGGCCCUCAAUGAGCUGCUGGCUGAUGUGUCCUAUACCAGCACUAUUUACCACAUACACACCGGAGACCUCGCAACCUUCCAGUUUGAGGACCAUGAAGCUGUGUUUCCCAUUACCAUCAAACAGCCUCAACCUCCAGUCCUGUACGACAUGGGAAAAGAUAUCAACUCUCAAGUCACCAUCAUCACAAAGACGUUCCUGCGCUACCCAGAACUCAAUGCGUUGUUGAAAACCAUCAGAGAAUUCUACAAAGACAUUGAAAUCAUCAUUGCAGAUGACAGCAUAAAACCAGAGAAAAUUACAGGACCUCACAUCCAACAUUUCAUCAUGCCUCAAGCUAAGGGCUGGUUUGCUGGCAGGAACCUGGCGGUCUCCCAGGUCACCACCAAGUACUUCCUGUGGGUGGACGAUGACUUCCUGUUUACCAAAUUGACCAAAAUUGAAGAGCUGGUGAAGGUGAUGGAGGCGGUCCCAGAACUGGACGUGCUUGGCGGUAAAGUAGGAGGAGACCAGUUUUAUUUCUCUCUCAUCUAUGAGGAAGGAGACGAAGUGGAAGGUGGCUGCAUGUACAGGAAGUCCAGAGGGAAGUUCCACUCUCUUCCUGGUUACCCACAAUGCUCAGUGGUCAGUGGGGUGGUCAACUUCUUCCUGGCUCGUACAGAUGCCGUACAGAGGGUGGGAUUCGACCCUAAGCUCAAGAGGGUAGCACACUCAGAGUUCUUUAUGGAUGGCCUGGGCUCCUUGAUGGUGGCAACAUGUGGCCAUGUGUCUGUUUCCCAUCAGGCCAGACUUAAACACAAGGACACCAAGCUCUACAAAGAGUUCAGAUACCCUCCAAAGAGUGAUGUGACCUCAAAGCUGCAGCUUCACUUCUUCAAAAAUCACCUGAAAUGUAUACUCUAUGGAUAGAAGACCACUAGAGGACAAUGUUUAUCAGUAUCCUUUUUUAAAUAUCAAUAGUCUGUAUACAUAUAUCAAUGAUACAAGAAACAUUUUCUUUACUUGACAUGUUUUGUCCGUGUAGAUUAAAGUGUCAGUGAUAGCACUACUUUUGUCUUACCUGACUUCAAAGACAAAUGAACCGCCACUAAAAUGCUUACUUGUUUUUAUACUGAAUCCUUCACCACAAUUUCCCCUGUUUUUUGACUGUACUACCGCAUUAUCCUGUGUGUCAAUUUCCAUUUCGAUUACUUUGUUUAGCGUCACCAGUAUUUAUAAACCUUUAUGAUAUGUGUAAUAUGUAAUGUAAAGCGCAUUGAGCAUUUGGAAAAGUGCUCUAAUAAAUGUAAUGAAUUAUUAUUAUGAUUAUUUAUCUUGCCAAAGAAAUGUUUUUUAAGCUUCUAAAUAAACUGUUCAAAAGUAA